AUGUCACGAUCAAACCGAUCAGCCAGACACUGUGCGACCGACAGCAGGACGUGCGCCAUUUUGCGCGUCGUUUCAACAAGAUACACCUCUUCAUCACGCAGCAGGGAGGCGAUAUUGCUUCAUGUCAAGGUCCUCCUAAACUACCUUCUGUCACAGGAGCUGGAAUUUACCCUCACCAGGAGGAGGCCUCUCGUGACCUAUGGCGCGAGCUCGUCAUGUCGCCGGACCCUUGGCGCGGUGGUGUCACUCCCCAUGGGCUGCGGAAAGACCCCUGGCCGUGAUCCUUCUGAUGAACGCGAUUGUCACCAACAUGCGGCGGGAACAACAACCUUCUUCUCGAUGCUACAGAUCAAAAAAGCUGUUGGCCGUGAUUGUCUGCCCGGCAUCUCUGCUAGACUGUCCAAUUGGGUCCGAGAGUUUCGCCCGUUGGAAUCCCCCUGGACUGAGAAGGCUGAAGGUCGAGAUCCUGGGACACUCGGUCCUGGCCACGACACCGUCGAGAAUAGGGAGGAGAAUGGCGGAGUUUUGCUUGUGAGCCACGAGAGACAUCGACAGUCGCUGAAAGGGUCCCGCAACGAUGAGCUGAACCAUUGUUGA